AUGACCGCCGUGCACCGGGCCGUGCCCGUGUGCCUCCGCCGUGCUAAGCCGGUGCUGUUUGCUCUAAACCAAACCCUCCUCCAACACGAAAGCCUCCGAGCAGGUAGUUUGCAGGCCCCGUACACCACUGAAGAUCUCAUCAAGCAUUAUAACUGUGGAGACCUGAAUGCUGUCAUAUUCAACCAUGACACUUCUCAGGUCCCCAACUUCAUCAACACCACGCUCCCACCCCACGAGCAGGUGACGGCUCAGGAGAUAGACAGCUACUUCAGGCAGGAGCUCAUCUACAAGAGGAACGAGAGGAUGGGGAAGAGAGUGAUGGCGCUUUUAAGGGAGAACACAGACAAGAGCUUCUUCUUUGCCUUUGGAGCAGGUCACUUCCUGGGUAACAACACUGUGAUUGAUGUUCUGAGACAAGCAGGAUUUGAAGUGGAGCACACCCCUCCUGGACAACCAAUUGGAAAUUCAAGGACAACAAAGACUAGCCCAACCUUAGAACGGUCCUCAGCAACAGCCCUGCCUGCUGUCCCGCUUUCCGAGCAGGUCCCACUGACAUCUCCUUCCCUGAAGCCUCUGCAGAUGGACGAAGAAGACAGCCUGUCUCCUCACCUCCUGUUGCCAGACAGCAUCAGCCAGUUGGAAGAGUUUGGCAGGCAGAAGAAAUGGCACAAGAAGCAGCACAAACACCAUCGCCAGAGGCAGUUCAAUGACCUCUGGGUUCGGAUAGAAGACAGCACCACCACGUUGCCUUCCUAUAUCAGGAUUACCAAUGGCUACAUCACAGUCAAACCUCCCAUUUGGAUUUCUAACCGGCUGGAUCAGAGACCGCAUUCAGAUCACCCAUCCCAGCCUCAGCCUACAAGCUCAGCUUCAGCCAGCCUUUUAUGGCCAUCAGUAACUUCUCCUCUCUGCGUGGCCAUAGCCUCUUUUCUCCUGAAUCUACUGCAGCCUUCCUGACCACAUUAGUAUUACGUGCAAUCCCUUGGAAAAGAGAAGAGAGAUAAUUUAUGAACGAAUCGGAGGAUAAGACAACAACAGUUACAAGCUGGACCUUCUCAGUGAAUCAGUAGUGCCUUCUAGCUGAUUUUGUCUCUUUGCCCAGAUACAUUUUGAAACUCUAAAGCUUUAUUGUAACACUGACUUACAUCUUCUUUUUGUAGAAGGAUCUUUAUUUCCCAUAGUGCUAUGGGGUUUUGUAAAAUAUACAUGUUCAUAUAAAGAAAAAAAAGAAAAAGAAAAAAUGUAUUUAUUCGACUGGUAAACUUAUUUUUCUUGUUGUAUAUGUUAAUAACAUCCCUAUUAAUCAGUAGCGAUGGUGAAACAGAUAAAUUAAUAUUUUCUAUAUUUGUUUUCUAACUGACAACUCUGCAAAUGUCUGAACUGACACCAAAUGAAUGCCUUCUUUGUUUCUUUAACCAUUACUUUUUACAACAACUGUCCAACAAGUGCAUUUCCGCUGAGCUUCUGUGUUUUACUUUUUUCAUUUCAUUACCAUAGCUUGCACUGAAUAAAGCAGAUCCUGCUCUCUGUGGGCUAUGCCCAUUAGAAAAAUAGGCGCAUUCUUAACUCGUUAGCUGCUACAACCUAAAAUCCCAGUUAUUUUUAUAAGAUUUAGGAAGUCAUUAGUCAAGAUAACCCUCUAAGUUCCCCUGUUGUCUUUAACUAAACUAUUUAACUUCUUUGGAAAUUGCCAAUUUCCCUCUUUGUCCUGGGAUUAAUUCAUUAGCUAACAGCUUUUUCUUAAUAAAAAAAUUGCUUUUAAAGUC